ACGGCGCGGCGGGCUGGUUGGGCUUCGGGAGGCUGCUGUCCGCAGUCUGCUCCCCCGAGCAGGGAAACCUUCGUGAGGCCCGGAGCCUUGACCCCAGGACUCAAGCUCCCGACAGGGAGAGCCUGCCGGGCACGGGCCGCGGGCUUGGGCGCGUGGAGCGAAGAAAGUUGAAGCCAGCCGCUGAGCCACUGCGCAGAGCUGUGCCCGCCGGGGAAAUUUGGCACUCGGAACCUCGCCCCUCCAGCACAGGUGCCCUGCCGACGGGGAGAGACAGACCCCCUGGGCUGUUUCGGUGCGGGUGUGACGUGGCUCGGGGACGCAUGGCAGAGGCAGGGGACGGCCAGCACUCCCUGGGCUCGGAGGGCGACAUUCUGCCUCCCGACACCGCCUCCAUCAGCGACUCGGACUCUGACCCCAGCCUGCCUGAUGGUGCUGAGGUGGAAGCCCUGUCCCCAGGGGGGCCACCUGGGGAGGCCUCCGGGGAUUCGGGCCCCGAUGAGCCCCCCCCGCCCCCCAGGAGCCUCCCCACAGCGGCAGUGCAGCCCUUCCACCUGAGAGGCGCGGGCCCCACCUUCUCUCAGCGCAGCCAUGACAUCUUCGACGGCCUGGAGGGGGCAGCCAGGCGGGCCCCACCCUCUGCAGCCCCACCCAGCCCUGGUGACCACGGGGGCCCUGGGCAGCUGCUGACCCUAUCCAGCCAGCCUCCAGCUGGGGGCCCAAGCAGGGCCGCUCAGAAUCCUGCUGCCCUGAGGGUGCCCCCCAUCCCUGACUACGUGGCCCACCCCGAGCGCUGGACCAAGUACAGCCUGGAAGACGUGGCCGAGGCCAGCGAGCAGAGCAACCAGGCCGCUGCCCUGGCCUUCCUGGGCCCCCAGAGCCUGGCUGCCCCUGACCACUACGUGCCCUCCUUCAACCAGGACCCCUCCAGCAGCGGGGAGGGCCGGGUCAUCUUCACGAAACCGGUCCGAGCUGGCGAGGCUCGGCCUGAGAGGAGGAGGGUCCUGAGGAAGGCAGGGGAGCUGGGUAGAGGCCCCCCCGGGACCCCAGGAGUGGUGGGGGGCGAGGGCCCUGUGGAGUUGGCCCACUUGGCCAGGCCUGGGAGCCCCGAGGCCGAGGAAUGGAGCAGCCCCCGGAGGGGCCUGCAGGAGGCAGGUGUGCCCAAGGGGGAGGCCCAUGCUGGGUCCCAGGCUGGCCCCCCGCCCGUGGAGACUGUGGGCUUCCACAGCAGCAAGAAGCGGAGCAGGGACCACUUCCGGAGCAAGGGCGGCAGCCCCGAGGCCCCAGGCGCAGAGGUCUGAGUGGGGAGGCCUCCUGGCCGCCUCCCUGCCCCGGCUGCACCGGAGGGACUGCCACCGCUGACCCCUGGGGUGGCUUCAGGGGUGGAGCAGGCUCUGGGAGGCACCAGCAGGGAAGGGAGCCUGCAGGCUGCCUGUAGGUGGCACCAGUGGCCAGGGCAGUGGUCUCAGAGCAGAGACCUUGCUGAGGGUGUGGACCAGGGGAUGGUGGAAGCUGGGGAUAAUAAAGGCUCUGGUGUUCCUCAA